GCAGUCCGCGAGCCGAGCUGCGUCGACACAAGAUGACGGCAACUCACGUUGUACGUUCAGGUCUGGUCCGCGCGGUGCCGGAGACUUCGUGCUCCACGAUGACAGGCUCAACACGCCGCGGGAGCCCGUAGGCAUGCGCGACAGGCUUUCGGACAGACUGAGAACACAAACUGAAGCCUUACAGUUUCUGGCGGGACUGCGCUUUCGCCGAGUCUCGGGCUGCUCACGGACCGGUCUCUUCGUGCCCCUUCUCCCUAUUCCGAAAGCUGAGGUCCCUGGGCAAACCGCGUGUGAGAUGGGACGGACAUCGAAGGACAAGCGGGAUGUCUACUACCGCCUGGCCAAGGAGAAUGGCUGGCGUGCCCGCAGCGCCUUCAAGCUGCUGCAACUUGACGAGGAAUUCCACCUUUUCCAAGGCGUGACACGGGCAGUUGACCUGUGUGCAGCCCCGGGCAGCUGGAGCCAGGUGCUGAGCCAAAAAAUCGGGGGCCAGGGUUCCGGCCAUGUGGUGGCUGUGGACCUUCAGGCUAUGGCUCCAUUACCAGGUGUGUUACAGAUCCAAGGGGACAUCACCCAGUUGUCCACUGCCAAGGAGAUCAUCCAGCACUUUGAGGGCUGCCCAGCGGAUCUAGUGGUGUGCGACGGGGCUCCUGAUGUAACUGGCCUCCAUGAUGUUGAUGAGUAUAUGCAGGCCCAGCUCCUCCUAGCCGCUCUCAACAUUGCUACACACGUCUUGAAGCCAGGAGGCUGCUUUGUAGCCAAGAUCUUCCGGGGCCGGGAUGUCACCCUGAUCUACAGCCAGCUACGUGUCUUCUUCUCCAGUGUGCUCUGUGCCAAGCCCAGGAGCAGCCGCAACUCCAGCAUAGAGGCCUUCGCUGUCUGUCAGGGUUAUGACCCCCCUGAAGGCUUCCUUCCGGACCUGACCAAACCCCUGCUGGAUCACUCUUACGAUCCAGAUUUCAACCAAUUGGAUGGUCCCACUCGCAUCAUUGUGCCAUUUGUGACCUGUGGGGACCUGAGCGCCUAUGAUUCAGACCGCAGUUACCCACUGGACCUAGAGGACGGCUCAGAGUACAAGUAUACUCCACCCACGCAACCCCCCAUCUCGCCACCAUACCAGGAGGCCUGCACAUUAAAGAAGAAAGGGCGGCUGGCCAAGGAGAUCCGUCCCCAGGACUGCCCCAUCAGCACAGUGGACACGUUGUCCCAGCCCCUGCCUCUUCCACAACGCCGCACCCUGCUGGCCUCUGAGGUGGAAGACAAUGAAAUGAAUUGUUCACCUUGAUACGUUCAGGUAGCUGGCAGUCAUAUAUCUCAGAAGCUGUUUGCUGUCGGGAAAAUGAGAACCUGCGUUGGUGAACUGGUUUUCAGCGGUCUCAUCAGCAGGUCCUGAACACCCGGGUCCUGAACACCCAGGCCCCGAGUGGUGCAGCAACCACCAGGAGCACGGCAAGGAAAGCAACAGCACAGAAUGCCUGUCUACACUGCAAGAGGGGAUUUUUGAGCGAGGCCUUGCCUCCUCUCUCUGUCUUUCCAGAGGUGUCCUGAUUAUGUCCAGAGUUUACGCCCAAAACAGGAGUUCUUAACCUGGAUAGAAAUCAGGGGUAUCUGUGAACCUGAUGGAGGGAAAUAUUACAUCUUUGUUUUCACUAAGAGAACUGAAAUUUCACUGGUUAGAACUGAAAUUUAGCAUUACCCCCCAAUACGAAUGCUGGCAACAAAUCUCAGUAGUAAAGGCAGUGCCCGUUAGCCUCCCACCGAUCUUGAAAUGCUGUUCACAUUUGUCACUACUUUGAAUUAUGGAAGACCUUAUAAUUGGAUGCACUAAUAAAGAAGUCCAUAUAUUAUUACUGUA